AUGAUUAACUUACUUGCCCAAUACAACGUCGACGACCACACAAUAUCUCCACUCCCCCCACCCGCCGGAAAUCGUUUUGGAUUUUUCCUCGAGGAGGGCGUCGAUCAAAUUUCAAAGUGUGAGACACUUACCCCUUCCCAAAUACAGCACGAAGAGACCCGAGCAGUGAAGUGGAAACGGAUGCUCGAGACUUGGAAACAGAAUGGGUCCAUUCCCAAAAAGUUGAAGUCGCGAGUAUACAAAGGGGUUCCAUUACCGUCACGAGCUGACUAUUGGAAGUUAGUAACAAAGCAAUAUGUACUCGAAGAGAAUGACGAGAACAUAGAUCAAUUGUUUUAUAACAUCGAGUCCAUUGCAGACGACGUCCAAAUUGAUUUGGACGUGAAGCGCACAUUAGGGUUGCACUACUUGUUUCAAACUGACUUUAAAAUGGGCAGAAGAGAGCUCUUUUUGAUUUUACGAGCGAUAUCACAGAAAAACAAUGACUUGGGAUAUACACAAGGAAUGAGUGAUUUCGCUGGAAUCCUCUUUUCGAUAUUGAAAGAGCGGUUGGCGACUUAUAAGAUGAUGGAAAUGAUUUUGAAUAACCCGAAGUAUAAUUUGAAGCCAUGCCUCCAAGUGGGCUUUCCUGGGCUGAUAGAAUUGGGAAAGAUCAACGACUUGAUGCUGAAAAACAUUCACCACACGUCAUAUCGGCAUUUAGUAGCUUUGGGAUAUUUGGACUUGGACAUCCACGUCUACAUGUUUGAUUGGUAUAUGGUCUGGUUCUCGCGAAUCUUACCGUGCGACUUUCUCUAUGCGGUUUUCGACUUUUGUUUGUUAGACGGAUAUAAAGCGAUGUUCACGAUUGCGAACGCAAUUGUCCAUUACUUGAAACAUCACAUCCUAGAGUGCGACGAUAUCUACAUUGCGAUGCAACUCCUCAAAGCUCCCGCAGACAAGUUAUUACAAGAAGUUAAAUGCUCGACAUUUGUUGCAUAUUGCAGAGGACACAAAGUCACACAGAAAAUGAUCGAUAAAUGGAAGAGCGCAAAGUGA